CACAUCACCAUGUCGCUCGCCGCCUCACGAACGUCGAUCUCGAGUGCGUUGCCGAAACCAAAAUACACCGGCGAAGACGAAGAGCUGCCAACGCAUACUCAGCAGAAGGGACCACGCGUGAUCGAUGCCCGAGAACUCGAAUCUUCACAACUGGUAGUCAAACGCUCAGGACCUCCGGCGUACGGCCAGCGCUCAGGAUGGCGACCGCGCAAUGUGGAGGACUUUGGCGAUGGAGGUGCUUUUCCCGAAGUGCCCGUGGCACAAUAUCCGCUGGACAUGGGCCGUAAAGGCGUGCCCUCCAGCUCGAACGCGUUGGCCAUACAGGUGGAUGGCGAGGGCAAGGUCAAAUACGAUGCGAUUGCGCGCAGGGGUCAUAACGAGCAACGAAUCGUGCAUGCGAGCUUCAAGGACCUCAUUCCGCUUCGACAGAGGGCGGAUGUGGGAGACAUCAGCUUGGAGAAGCCAAGUGAGGAGGAGGUUCAGGCGAGUAAAGAGAGGACACAGAUGGCAUUGCAGGGACUGGUUGCUGGCACGUUGGCUGCUCAGAAGCCGAAGAAUGUCAAGGGAACCACGCGACCAGAGCCCACAUUUGUGCGGUACACACCCGCGAAUCAGAUGGGAGACAACAGCAAGAAGCAGGAUCGCAUCAUGAAAAUUGUCCAGAGACAGCAAGAUCCGAUGGAGCCACCGAAACACAAAAUCAAGAAGGUCCCGCGUGGGCCACCUUCGCCUCCUCCACCAGUCAUGCACUCCCCGCCACGAAAAUUGACCGCGGAAGAUCAGGAAGCAUGGAAGAUUCCGCCGCCGGUGUCGAACUGGAAGAAUCCAAAGGGUUAUACAGUACCGCUCGACAAGCGUCUAGCCGCUGACGGACGAGGAUUGCAAGACGUGACGAUCAACGACAAGUUCGCGCAAUUCGCAGAAGCCUUACACACCGCCGAUCGCCAUGCGAGAGAGGAAGUCCAGCAAAGACAGCGCAUGCAGCAGCGGCUGGCGGAGAAGGAAAAAGAGGCAAAGGAGGACAAUCUUCGUCAACUCGCAGCAAAGGCACGGGCAGACAAGGAGAAGGCUAUGGCGCAGAGAUCAGGUGGUGGACGCUCAAGAAGCAGGUCAGUCGAUAGCAGGUCUUCGUACUCUGGGUCUUCACGUUCGGGCAGUCGGAGUCGCAGCCGCAGUCGAGGAGACGAUUCCGAAGCUCAACGACGGCAGCGAGAGCAGGCGCGUGCGGAGCGGAAGCGAGAACUUCAGCGUGAAUCGCGCCAGAAGAACAUGGGUCACGAAAGGCGCGUGCAGAUGAUGGCACGCGAGCAGAAUCGUGAUGUCAGUGAGAAGGUGGCGCUGGGACUGGCGAAGCCGACGCAGAGCAAGGAGACGAUGUACGACUCGCGCCUGUUCAACCAGAGCUCUGGCUUUGCAGCAGGAUUCAAUGAGGACCAACCUUACGACAAAGCUCUGUUCGCUGAGCGGGAUGCUCUCAACUCCAUCUACAGGCCUUCUGUUGGUGAGGACGAUGGCGAGGACGACGGAGAGACGUUGGAGAAGAUUCAAGGGACAAAGCGAUUCGACACGCUGGGCAAGGCACCAAAGGAGGGUUUCAAGGGUACCGAGACUGCGGAGCAGAGAAGCGGCCCGGUCAUGUUUGAGCGGGAACGGAAAGAAGAUCCAUUUGGCUUGGAGUCAAUGAUCGCAGAGGCGUCCGAAGCUGCUGCCAAGGGAAGCAAAAGAUCUGCUGAGGAUGAUGGCGACAACAAGGGCAAGAAGGCGAGGGUCGACGACGAGUAG